CGUUCAACAAGCGAAAAUUCGGCGUGAUGAAGAAGGCGUACGAGCUGUCCGUCCUGUGCGACUGCGAGAUCGCCCUGAUAAUCUUCAGCUCGAGCAACAAGCUCUACCAAUACGCGAGCACCGACAUGGACAAGGUUCUGCUCAAGUACACCGAGUACAACGAGCCCCACGAGUCGCUGACCAAUAAAAACAUCAUCGAGGCGCUCAACAAGAAGGAGCAUAAGGGCGCGAUGUCGCCCGAGAGCCCGGAGCCGGACGCCCAGGAGUACAACCUCACCCCGCGCACCGAGGCCAAGUACGCCAAGAUUGACGAGGACUUUCAGAUGCUCAUCAGGAACCAGCACAACGGCUCGAGGAUGGGACAGUCCAAUUACACGCUGCCCGUGACUGUGCCGGUCAACAAUUACGGGGAACAAAUGCUCGGCUCUAGUCCGCAGAUGGCCCACGCCAGCAUCUCCCCGCGACCCUCGUCCUCUGAAACAGAUUCAGUUUACCCGCCUGGAGGGAUGCUGGAGAUGAGCAACGGGUACACCCCGGGUUCGCCGUUGGGGGGCUCACCGAGUCCUGGGCCAUCGCCUGCCCUAGGUGUGCCCGUCUCAAAAGGUAAUCCGUCGAGGCACUCGCCUCAGCCGCCACCGCCGCCUCAUCCCCAUCGGGGUAACCUGCGCGUCGUCAUACCAACGCCGAUUGCACAAUCCCUGGCCGACGAGGCCAACUACGACGGUGGACACGGACAGGGGAGCUUGAACACGCCACCGGUAGUGGCGCUGCAGACGCCGUCGGUAGUGCCGUCAAGUUACACCGGUUUCGGGCCGACGGAUUAUUCGACGGACAUCAGCAGUCUUGCCUGGACUCAUCAGAGGUACGUUGAUGACUUGUCAAUGUAUUCGGCAGCCACCAUGUCCAGUAUAAGCAGUCUUCCUCAUCACAUGUCGGUAUCGAACAGCACGCCUCCGCCCUCGACGUCGCCGAUACCCGUGAAAAUCAAGAGCGAGCCCAUCAGUCCGCCCCGAGAUCACCACGGCGGGGGCGGCUCCAACGGGUCCCUCGCCGGUCACGCGUCCAGCCUCCACCAUCCAGGUCACACGAGCCUGGGUGGGCCGUCCUCGUCGUCGGGCGGGCCGCAGCCGCCGCCACCGCCUCACCAGGUCCACCAGUCGCAGCAGCAGCACGGUGGGCCCCAAACCUUGAAUCUCGUCUCGGUGAACAGGCCGGGCAGCAACCCGCCGCCGUCGCACUCGGGUAGCAUAACGCCGACGAAUCUACCCUCGCCCGGCCACGCUGGCUCGUCAGCCGCCGGUGGCGGCGUCGUCGUCGGCGACAUGCGCACGAGCCACGGGGGCCCAGGGCCCACCAGCGACUACGAGAACGGACCGCUCAUGAAACGCUCGAGGAUCACCGAGGGCUGGGCGACUUAAUGGUGUGUACCUUCAAUGCCAACCGCGUCGCCGAGCUCGAUUGGUUACUCCUCGAUGGGCAUCAGUGGACCAGCGUGCGCAACGUGGCGUUGACUUUUAUCCGCAUAGGUAUAUACACACCCACCCAUAUAUAAUGAUAAGAGAAAAGGACUAUAUAUAUAUAUAUAUAUAUAUAUACACACCC